AUGGGCACCCGCCACCUCAUCGUCGUCGUGCUCAACGGCCGCUGGUACAUUGCCCAGUACGGCCAGUGGGACGGCUACCCGAGCGUCGUCGGCAUGCAGCUCGUCAAGCUGCUCGCCUCGCCGGAGCUCGUGGCGCAGGUCCGCGCAGGGCUCCCGCACACCUACGAGCCCGACGACGCCGCCCUCGAGAAGAUGUGGGAGGACAGCGCCGACGCGCGUACCAUCCUCAACCACAACCCGGACGUCGGUCCCGACGGCCGCUUGCGCUACUCGCAGUACAGCCUAUGGCGACGCGAUCCCGUCGCCCACUACGCGCCCGAGCUGCUCGACAUGCUGCCCUCGCUGUCGCGCGAGACGAGCGGCGCCAUCCUCGCCCUCGUCGCCCGCGGCGCCACCGCCGAGCGUCCCCUGCCCGUCAAGCUCGAGCCGACGUUUGCCAACGACGGCCUCUUUUGUGAGUGGGCGUACGUCGUAGACCUCGACGGUGAGGCCCUCGAGGUGUACGAGGGUGCAUCGGGCAAGACACCCGGCCACCGCUUCGCGCACGUCGGCGUGGAGAAUGCCUCAGUGCCCACGUUCAUCGCGUCGGUGCCGUUUGGGGAGCUGGACGGGUACAAGGACGACUGCGAUGGCUUCGUGGGGAUGAUUGAUGAGAAGAUUGAAGCCAUCAAUCGACGCAGGGCUGCUAGUCGCGAGGAGCUCGAUGACUCUGAAUAG